AUGAGACUCUACACUUCCUUGUGUAAAGGCUUUCAGUCCCAUAGAUUCGGCUAUGACAAAUUCGUUACGUAUCUUCUAGUGUUGAUCAAAGAAAAGAAGAGUCUUUAUCAUCGCUUCAUACGAUUUGCCAACGGUACUGACAAAGAAGAACAAGAAGAUGAAGUUGGAGAGACCCGACACGGUGAAGACACACUUAGUGAUCCAAAGAUUGGAACAUGUCCUGAGUUUAGGGUUAAAGUAGAUGAGAUCCCGGAAGAACGAGGGGUGGAUGAGACCAACUUGGAGAGAAAGAAUAAGAAAAGAAUCUUGUCUCCAAAGGAUUUGAACCUCCCUCUGAAGAAAAGGAAAAGGUCUAGACGAGUGACACCUAACUAUAGGCUUAUCCCCGAGGAGCUACGGUCACCGGUCUCAGACCCGGUUCUGAACAACACGUAUGUUGUGAAGAGAUACGAUUUCGAGGGAGGUAAGGUGCUAACCGGAGUCGAAGAAGAGAUGAUUAAAUGCGAAGAUCAGAUGUACGAGGCGGAUAUGUUGAUGAGUGCUUUGAGAAGUGCAGUGGACAAUGCGGAGAGAGUUAUGAGGGGAGAGAUGAGAGUGGAAGAUCUUGGUGUGAAGUUUUACAGAUGCAUUGAAGUGUUAUAUGAUGGAGACAUGUUUGAGAUAGUGAGAGAAGAUCACCAAGGAGCUUUACCUGUGAUCUUGAUACGGUUGAAUCAGAAACUGCGUGAGCUUACGGUUGCUCGAGAACGCUGGAAACGUGGCUGGAAGAAAACUUUUAAAAGACUUUCUCCAACGCAAAUAGAUUCCGUUGCACACAAAUCUCAAGUGAAGUGA